AUGGACCUAACGAACGGACAGUCAAGCAGUGUUAAUAUUGCAGCUACUGCUUCAGAGAAAAGUAGCAGUUCUGAAUCCUUGAGUGACAAAGGUUCAGCUGAACUGAAGAAGAGCUUUGAUGCAGUGGUGUUUGAUGUUCUGAAGGUUACACCAGAAGAGUAUGCGGGUCAGAUAACGCUAAUGGAUGUCCCUGUAUUUAAAGCAAUUCAGCCAGAGGAGCUGGCAAGCUGUGGCUGGAACAAAAAAGAGAAAUACAGUUCUGCACCAAAUGCUGUGGCUUUCACCAGAAGAUUCAAUCACGUAAGCUUCUGGGUUGUUAGAGAAAUUCUGCAUGCACAGACUUUAAAAAUAAGAGCUGAGGUUUUGAGCCACUAUAUUAAAACUGCAAAGAAACUGUAUGAGCUGAAUAAUCUGCACGCUCUUAUGGCAGUUGUGUCAGGCCUACAGAGUGCUCCAAUCUUCAGGCUGACUAAAACGUGGGCGCUACUGAGUCGGAAGGAUAAAGCCACCUUUGAAAAGCUGGAGUAUGUUAUGAGUAAAGAAGAUAAUUACAAAAGGCUUAGAGACUAUAUCAGCAGCUUGAAGAUGACUCCUUGCAUUCCCUAUUUAGGUAAGCUGAAGUAUUUCUAG